CGUUCUUGGCUAGCUCCCAGCCUCUCGUUACACCGACUCAUCAACACAGUGCGCGCACCUCCCGAGCCCCCUCAAUUGCCCGCUCAGAGCUGCGCCGCCGCUCGUUGACUUCACCGCCACGCGCCUCCAAGACACGACCGACGAAUUCUCACGAUGCUGGCCGGCGCACUCUGCCGCCUGGCAGCUGACGCUCCCAGGACGUCCCCACACGACAUGCCGCAGCUUGCCCGCUUCCUCCGCCGCUCUCUCCUCGCCCACAAUGCCGCUCGAGUCCCGCAUGCCCGCCCUCUCUCACGCGCCUUCGCAUCCCUUGUCCGUGCCCGCCGGUCCUAUGCUACAACUACGCGCGCUACCGAGCCGACCGAGACAGUGAAGAAGGCCGUCAAGACUGCGGCAGCUAAGAAGCCGGCGCCUAAGAAGACUGCCACGGCCGCAAAGAAGGCAGCCCCCAAGAAGGCUACGGCGACCAAGACUGCGGCAAGCAAAACAGCGAAGAAGCCGGCUGCCAAGAAAGCAACGCCCAAGAAGCGCGUCAAGAAACCUUUGACGGAUGAAGAGAAACUACAGGCCAAGAUCCGCCAACUGCGCGUCAAGGCACUCAAGGAGCCUGUAAGGCCCCGCGCGUAUACGGCUAUAAAUGCCUUUGUCUCUGAAACGCGCGCUUCAAAUUCCAGCUUUACCGAAACUAUCGAGGCGUUCAGGAACUUGACUCCUGCUGAGCUUGAGCACUGGAACCACAUUGCCAACCAACAGAACGCUGCCAGACAAGCCGAGUAUCAGGCAUUUAUCCAUUCCUACACUCCCGAACAGAUAAAGAUUGCAAACAACGCUCGUAGCCAGCUACGGAAGUUGCUUGCGGACAAGCGUAAGCAUACCCCUCCAUAUGCUAAGAAACUUGUGGACGACCGCCAAACCAAGAAGGCGGUGUCUCCCUUCCCAGCCUUUGUGCGAGCCAGGCAUGCCAGUGGAGACUACAAGAACAUCCCUUCGACGGAGGCCAUCAAACUCGCUGCUAAUGAGUGGAAGAGUCUGAGCGCUGCCGAGAAGCAGAAAUACCAGGAUGAGUGGGUAGCUCGGAGGGAUGAUGCUGCUGCAGCUGCAUAAAGCUGUUUCAACAUUACGCUGGCGAUGACUACCUUCAACCUAAGUGUAAUGGUGCAAUCUUCUCUUUCACUUGUUCACCUGGAGCCAUACCGAUUCCCUUUGUUAGUCAUGAUACAAGCCUCAAUGAUACCGUGUUUGUCCAGUCUGGAUAUUGGACUUCACUUUGCGUUCUUCUGGUUGAAGGCGGUCAAUUCAUGGCUGGGAAUGGUGACACAUCCAUACGAAGACAUGUUUAUGUAGGUUCUUCGCGAUACUGUAGUGCUUCUUCCGCAAUUGUACCAAUUCCUUUCCUUGGAAAAAUCGCAAGUAUUGGGGUCCGCCUGUGAACUGCUCUAUGCUCAUGGUUGCAC